CCCUCCUUGAUGUAACGUUAUCAUCGACCUGGUAACAACAUUAGCGUUUAUAGCUAAUUCGCAGGAAAUGAAACUGCAUAUAGAUCUACAUUGUUAAUCUAUUUCGUAUAAUGUAAUAUCGUCGGCAGAAUGUGUUUGUUGCUUGGCUCUACUGGUGUUGGGAAAACUCUUCUGCUGAAACGUUUACAGAAGCUCACACAACGGGACCAGCCGGCUGAUUUGGGUGAAGCUCCUGUCACGCUCCCCACUGUUGGUACCAAUCUCACCGACCUGAACCUGAAAAAGAAGAGAAUAACCGUGCGAGAGCUGGGAGGCUGCAUGGGCCCCAUAUGGCAUAGUUUUUACGCAGACUGCUCCUCUCUUAUUUUUGUGGUGGAUUCAGCCAACAUCACCCAGAUAGCCUCCUCCUGCAUCCAGCUCUUGUCGGUCCUCUCAGCUGAACCUCUUCAUGGUGCCUCCGUGCUUGUGCUCUUCAACAAAAGGGAUCUUCCAUGCACUAUGACCCUGAUGGAGAUGAAAUCACUUUUCAGAAUAGAUGAUAUCAUUGCCACCGCCCCUCAAUCCAUCACCACGCUGGAGGUGAGCGCACGCUCUGGCCAAGGACUGAAGGAAGUGUUGAGCUGGUUAGACAGCCUUACGUGACCUGAAGAUGGGUUGAAAACACCAGGAACUGUUCUAGAGCUCUGCUCCAAUCUGGAAGCCAACAAACCGCAUGAUAAAGCCCAGUAUUUUGGACUGAAUGGGAUUUACUCCAUGUGGUGGAAAUACAUGAUAAUUGUCUCAAAAAUCAACAUUAUGAAUGGCUGCCCUUUUUUAAAGGGACCACUUCACCUGGCUUUUCUUUUCUGUUGUAUUACUGGGUGGCACAGACAGAA